AUGGCUGCCUUCAACUCCAUGCCGGCCAUGCCUGCUGCCCCUACGGCGCCCAACGAUGCGAUGGGGAUGAAUCACGGUCCGCCUCCGCCUAUGGGCAUGGAUUCCUUUGAUCCCGAACUUAACUUUCACGAAUCUCUACUCGACGGCAGCGCGCUGGCACCUCUACCGUUUACGCCUUCGUACGAGUUCGACAACUUCGUCACCACCUUUGAAGAUCCCUUUUCUUAUUCGUCUCGCCCGUUCGAGCCCAUCACCAACCAGGAUGCCGCGAAUGACGAGGCAUCUCCCCAGGAGCUGGACAACAAGCUCCUGGGCUUCUCUGACCCGAUCAUGCAUGCGACCAUAGUGGAUGAGGCGGGAGCGUUUGCCGAUCUAAACAUGACGGCGGAGCUAUACGGCAUGUUCUUCGUUGCCGAGGAUGUGUUUGGCGGGGAGAAUACAGGCCGUCCGCUAGAGUUGACGUGCUAUCGUCGGAACCUGUGGCAGUGCUCAGGGCAAAUUACCUUGCCUCGAGCCGUGAACAACGUCAUAGAUGAACAGGGACGCCAGACAGCCAUUACGGAGCUAUAUGCGUCCAUCACGGGCUUGGAAUCGAUUGAGGGGAAAGCCGCUGAAAUCAUCACAAUACCGUGGAAAGGCGCAAAUCCCCAAUUAGAAGAGGCCAAGAUCGCGUCUGCUCCUCCCAAUUUGACUCUUGACCUAAGCAUUGGCCGCGAGAUUGAUGCCAACAGAGUCUCUCUGCCCGUCUCCUGGAAGAGACUGCAGUUCAAGCACGCCACCGCUAACAACGGCCGGCGGAAGGGAUUGCAGCAGCAUUAUGUAGUCCAGAUCAAUUUGCUGGGCAAGACGAAGUCGGGAGAGAUUAUCAAAAUCGCCGAGGUUCAAUCCGGCCCGGUCAUUGUUCGAGGGCGAAGCCCGCGGAACUUUGACAGUAGAAAGGACGUGCACCUCACCAGUGAUAAGAAGCUAGAGAGGAGAAACACAAACAGCACGGACAAUCCCACUCCCAAGGCGGAGAGAGACAAUUUGCUGGCUUCCCUGCCAAGAUACCCAUCUUCGAAUGGAAAUGAAUGGACUACUCCCCAGGCUGCACCACAGCCCAGCCAGAGUCCGCACCCAGCGAAGCGCAUGGCUCUAUCCCCUACAGUCUCGCUUCCACCUGUCCCGGCAUGGACGACAGAAAAUCCUACGGGCAAAGGCCCUCCACCGAACCAUCGAAAUUCCUUCUCACGGCCGCCCAAUCCCACGGUCCCCAUCACCCUUUCACUAUCAGAGGACGAAAAGAGCCCCAACAGAUCAAGUGCUGAGCUGCAGAGCCCACAGCUAUCCAAAGCCUACCCAGCGAACGGCCAAAAUGCCAGCAACAGCCCGGCUGAGGAAGCAGAUCCUCUCUACGAAUACUUUCCCCUUAGUGUUGAUGACUGGAUGCCACCAGUCGAUGCUGUAUAUAGGCCGCACAUAGUCCACCACACCAUUGCGCCGCCAGAAUUCAAGGCUCAGCAGAUAGGCCGAAAGGUCAAGCGCUACUUCACCGCCGAUUAG